AGUAAUGGCAGCCACCGUGGAGACAGGAGCCAGCAUGAGAAAUAUGCUGCAAUUUAUGAAACUUAUCGGACAACUCAAAAGGGUCCCACGGACAGGCUGGGUUUACAGGAAUGUGAAGAAACCAGAGAGCGUGUCAGACCACAUGUACCGCAUGGCCAUGAUGUCUCUGACCAUCACUGACCCCACAGUGGACAAAGACAGGUGUAUAAAGCUGGCUCUGGUUCACGACAUGGCAGAGUGCAUUGUGGGAGAUAUCGCUCCGUCAGACAACGUCAGUAAAGCGGAGAAACACAGGAGAGAAGAGGAGGCAAUGAGACAUCUAUCAGGUCUUCUGCCAGAGGGGCUCAAACAGGAGAUUUAUGGACUGUGGGAGGAAUAUGAAACCCAGAGCAGUCCAGAGGCCAGGAUGGUGAAACAGUUUGACCUCCUGGAGAUGAUCCUGCAGGCUCAUGAGUAUGAAGAGUUAGAGGGAACGCCUGGAAGACUUCAGGAGUUUUUUGACUCCACCAACGGUCGUUUCCAUCAUCCAGAUGUGCUCCAGCUUGUCAGCUCUUUGAAUGAAGAGAGAGGGUGUCACAUGACUAAAACUGAUGGCACAAAGAAUUGUGCCGCUCCACAGACUGCUGGUGCGGUAUCUGCACAGCCACACACGACUUCAGACACCUCCUGACUGUAACACACACACAAAUGCCUCCUCAGUGGAGGGACAGAGCUACUGGACUGGAACACAAAACGUGUGUACAAGCACGCACAACUACUUCAAGUGACCAGAUGUGGAAAACUGUAUUUUGGGAAUUUUUUGAUCGUCAUCAACAGUUAAUUUGUCUGUUUUACCUCAGUGUGUCUGAUCACAUGUAAUGGAGGAUUUUGGAGACUGAGACAACUGCUGUGAAGUUUAAUCCAUGUUGUCCUGGAAAAUACUGUUUCACUAUCUGUCAUUAUCUAUAAUAAAUAUAUUGUGACAGAUACAAAAACUGCCAGAUAAUAUAUCAGUGUAGUUAAAUGUUUCUGUAAAUGGGUUGAAAAUGAGACAAAACUUAUAAAAUGUCCAUCCAGUACAUCAAAGGUCUUUUUGGUAUCUCAAAUCCCUUGACAAUUUUUUUUAUAUGUUGACAUGUUAUUAAAUAUAUAUUAUCUGGCAGAUAUCACAUAAAAGUGUUAUCAAUAAGAAAGUGAUAAUGCUGCUGCACAGACUCUAGUGUAGCAGCAUUAUUUCACUUCCAAAACAAUGUUAAUGUAUUUUCUCCUGCAGUGUUAUUGCACAGUAUGAAGAAUAUGUAAGAGAACAGCAGCAUGCCCAGGAAUCACUGCACCACUGACAAAUCAGAAAACAGUUGUUAGACGUGAAUGUUAUUUUUUGCACAUUAUUACAUUUGGUGGUUUUAUCUCAGUUUUUUCAACAGGUUCAGUCACAUUUCUCUGUGUUUACUGUAAAAACAGUCAUCUGUGAUAUUUGGUUUGGUUAAAAGGAUCUUUAAUGUCAAUAAAUCAGCCAUAAAAACAGUUAUUUAUAACGGUGUGUAAUUAAUUGUAUGUUAUUUUAUUUGAGUGUCACAGUUUUUUGUUUCUGGGUGUUAGUUUAAGUAAAAGCUUUUGUAAAAAGGUCUUUAAACCGGUGACGAGUACAAUCUGAUUUCAGCCCAACAUUAAUGUAGAAAUACAAAAUAUAAACUGUAAUUCAUUUUCCAGUAACAGAACAUGAAUGACCUCAGUUAUUUGGUUAACAGAUCAGCUCUGACAACCUUUUCUUGCUACACAAAAUCUUUCAGUACAUUUGAAGGUUGACAUGAAUUUAAUAAAUACAUUUCAUGGACAGACUGAAUUAAACAUGAAAUGAUCCUGGGCAUCUUUUCAAACCACAGCAAAGAAAAGUCUAACACGAGAAAAACAGUAUGAGAAAAAUGAAACACAAAACAGAUUAUAUAUUGAAAACAGAAUGUUACUUUGAUGGCAAGUUAUGCAGUGGUCACAGAGACCAAAAGAAAAACAUUCUAUGAUCUGAUUUUUUUUUUUUUUUAAAUCUUUCGUGGCA